UGUAGUUCGUAUCCUGUCGAAUCGUUCAGAGAUUGUUCAACUGCAUUAGAGUUCAGUGGUUUAGCACAAAGAAAAAAUCAGUGAUUACUUACAAUGAGCACUUCAAUACCAAUUGGAAAGAUAACAUACCACAGAUUUGAUCAGCCACAUGAAAGCACUGUAGCGCACUUGGCCAAGAUGUUGCGUUUUUGUGGAGUUAUCCUUGUAUUGAUGUUAGUUCUGCUCGUGAUCACCGGAAUAGAAUCCAGGAGUCCACAGGAUGGUUUCGUGGCAUUCGUACCGGUCAUGGAGAGUAAUGCCUUAGAAGGAAACGAUGUCACCAACGAUGAACCUCCGCCACACACGGAGUACGCCAAGAUGGCACGUUAUCUUGUACAUAAAGCAGAAUGGGUAUCGAUGGGUUCCAUCUCCACGGUCGAUGCCAUCAAAGGCUACCCCAUGGUGAACAUUAUAGCCGCAGCGGACAGUGCACAUGGCGAGAAAUCGACCGGCACACUGUUUUUCUAUCUAACCAUGCUCGACUACACGGCACAGGAUCUGAGCAAGGACAACCGGCUUACGGUUCUGUUGUCGAUGGAUCAGGACCUGGACUGCAGCAAGCGAGGCGUGGACCCGAUGGAGCCCACCUGUGCCCGAAUCAUGAUCUCGGGACGAGCCGUCAAACUUGCGGAAGGAACUGAAGAAUUUGAUUUCGGAACCAAUGCCAUGUUCAGCAGACACCCGGCGGCAAAACAUUGGCUGGAAACACACAACUUUUUCCUGUGUAAAUUGGAUAUAGUCCAGAUCGCAGUACUAGAUUACUACGGAGGGCCACAUUACGUUACGGUCGAGGAAUAUAUGAACGCAGAUCCGGAAUCACAUAGUAAUUCCCUAGAGUUGUCGAAACCAAUCGACAGUAGAUUCGCACCGGAGAUCAUCGCACACACGGACGAUGAAAGAACUAUUACGGUAAAAAUCAAGAAGGAUUCACCAGUCCGGCACAUCAACCUAGAAGUAUGAUUUUUGAAAGAAAUUGUGUGAUUAUAGUGCGUCUUUUUUAUUUGACGUUAACCUGUUGGUUAAUUUUGAUAUCGUGUUAAAAAAAAUAUUCAAUGUAUUUAAAUAUGUGAAACACUUGUGCCAAAAAUAAUGAGGAUAUUGCAGCGGUUACAUCAAUUUUCAACGAACUGACUAGAUUUAAUAAAUCAACGCUUGCAUUUGAA